AUGAAAACCGCCCCGUCAUCGCAAUUGCUAUCGUAUGUGCUGAGACGCAGCAUCCACACAGGGACCCGGCGCACUGCAAGGCUCGACUCCUUACACUGUCUGCCCUGGGGAUACCCCACACGGACUUACGCCUCGCAGCCCGCUGCUAGUUCUGCUUCAAGGCCUUCACCUUGGUCACAUUCGAGGAUAUCUACAGUGUUUGGUCUGCUUGUGGCGACCGGUGUCGGUGCGACCGCGUACGGUAUAUACGACUUCUUCGCGUCAUUCGCGACUUGGCCUGCCGAGAUAAAAGCCGAUUUGCGUGCUGGGGUCAAAGCGAAGCGAAAUGGUGACUGGAUCCUGAGCCGUGGCUUCCUGACAAGGGCAUGGGAUAAUGCUCGAACAUUACCUCGCUCCUCAUUCGAGCCGGAUACAUACCUCAAGAUAUCGGGAAUCGCUAUCACACUUGCCGAAGUCCUUGAGAACAACCUCCAACCCGACGCCGCAUACGAGGUGUACCGAUCAGCGCUCGAGCUUUACACUGGGUCAGACCAUGGAGAGCCCUCCGGCAGUUCCUCGAAAUCUACAACGGUCCUCAAAGACCGGAUGCGCACCGUAGCACUCGCUUCCAAGCUCGGUACACUGGCCCAAGCGCUGCAUAAACCCAUUGAGGACGAAGAAAAAUGGCUGACCUAUGCCGUCAACGAACUGCUCAAGACGCUCACGAUUGUGAAGCAGAAUCCGUCGGCCUCUCUAUGGGAGACAUUACGCGGCCAAAGCUCAAAGAACACCCAACCGAAAGAUGGCACGGAACUGGUUCUCUCUGAGCUCGACCUGCCGGCGUGGGUGACGAAAACGGAUGUGAGCGCCCCGCUUGAGGCGCUUGGGACAUUCUACGCUCAGCAUGACAAAAUCGACUACGCGUACCCUUUGUAUCUACAUGCAGCCGCCCUUCUCACUGGUCCCGUCGCUCGGUCCCCCUCGACGGGACGUAUUGUGGGCGCUACUUCCGUUAGUUCUGUUCCCGAUUUAUGUCGUGGGGCGCAGCUGCUUGCAAAUAUCGCCGACCUUACGAUCAAAUAUGACAAAGGGCGAGCGAAUCCCGCCGCCAUGGCGCAUGCUGUGGAUACCACCAUCGACGCCAUCAAGCUAAUGCAGCAGGGAAUAGCAGAAGCGACGAGCAUUACAGGAAAGGUCGAUUAUGACGCCUGUGACGCCUGUGAAACCGGACUGGUAGCAGCUGUCUACAACAUGGGCGCUCUGGCGGAGAUGAAUGGCCAACCGGAUCAAGCGAGAAAGAACUUCGAAAGCGCCUUGAAGCAGGCGCAAAGGAUGGGCAUGAGUGAAGGUGUGCGGGAGGCGACGUUGGCUUUGCGGAGGAUAGAACGGCAAGAGCGCGCCGACGCGAUUGUCAAGGCUAGGGUGCAAGCUCGGGAUGGUGCCAAGGCGGCUUCUCCACAACCUUAG